AUGAUACUUAUCAGCUUGUUACUGUUGCGAAGCAUUGAUUGUCAGACCACAACGACGACCACCACCACCACGUCGGACACUACUACGUCCGCCACAACAACAACUACGACAUCGGCAACAACAACGACUACAACAUCGGCAACAACAACGACUACAACAUCAGCGACAACAACAACGGCAACAACAACAACUACGACAUCGGCAACAACAACGACUACGACAUCGGCAACAACAACGACUACAACAUCAGCGACAUCAGCAACAACAACAACGACAACGACCACUACUUCUACAACCAUUAAGAGUCAGGGACAACGCCUGACUGUCAUUCCUACUGUACUUCUUGGUGGUCUAGUUGUACGUCUCAUUACUCGUAUAGAACGAUGA